CAAAGUCUACUUUUAGCGCAAAAAAGUUUAUAUUUGUUUUGAUUGUAAAUUUAAGGUUAAAAGAAUGAGAGUAAUGUUUUUUACAUUAUAGCUUAGUAUUGUAUUCAUUGUCACUGAUAAACUCUUUUUAUUGAAUUUUUGUAUCUAAUUAUUCAACCAAAAUUAGUUGCUUCAUAAGCUGCUUCUAAAAUGACAAAAUUAUUGCAGUGGUUACUUGGUGGACUUUUGUGUCUGGCUGUGUGGUUAUCAUUACUUACAAAUAUAUUUGAAUCCGAAUUCAUACAAAAUUGGAUGCAUAUCAUUCUCAUCUUACCAGUCAUUGUAGUUGGAGUGUUCGGGAUCUAUGCCGCUUUUGUUGUGCUAUGGCGGGUGUACACAUUCAAUGACUGUGAAGAUGCAGCAAAAGAAUUGCAACAGCAAAUACUGGAGGCUAAAGAUGACCUGAGAAAAAAAGGUUUUGUAUUUGAAACAACUGAUAAAAAAAGUGAUUAAAUGCUCAUUAUCAAAUGUACUUAUUUGUUAAAUAUAAUUAUAUUGUAAAUAAACACCUUAUUGAAAGAUA